CUCCAUAAGGCCCCUGUGCCAGCUCAGUGGGGCCAGUGGGAGGGACAGGAGGGCGCAGGGGUCGCCUGGAACCAGACUCUCCACAGCUAAUUCCUAUGACACUCUCCACUCCCAUGUGGGGCCUCAGUGUCCCUGUCCCUGAAGCAGGAGCGUGUUCCCCUUCCUGCAGGGAUGCGCCCCGGUGCAUCCAUCUCCCCAGUGUCUGGGCCCCUCUUCUCAGCUUAGGAGAAAGAAACUUCUCUCAAAAGGAGCAGGAACACCGACUCCGCAGAGGAAGGCCGGGAGGGCAGCGCUCACCCUCAGAGGAAGGGUCUUCUAGGUGUGCCCACCCACCAGGUGCUCCAGCCUGCACCAGGAUGUGCUCGCUGCCUGUGCCCCGGGAGCCCCUGCGCCGCGUGGCUGUGACUGGGGGCACCCAUGGCAAUGAGAUGUCCGGCGUCUACCUGGCCAGGCACUGGCUGCAGGCCCCGGGGGACCUGCAGAGACCCAGCUUCUCUGCCACGCCCGUGCUGGCCAACCCCGCAGCCGCAGCCGCCUGCCGCCGCUACAUGGACCGCGACCUCAACCGCACCUUCACCAGUACCUUCCUCACUACGAGGGCCACUCCAGAUGACCCAUACGAGGUGACAAGAGCCCGAGAGCUAAACCAGUUAUUGGGGCCCAAAGCCUCGGGCCAGGCCUUCGACUUCAUCCUUGAUCUGCACAACACCACGGCCAACAUGGGCACCUGCCUCAUCGCCGAUAACGCCCACAACGUCUUUGCCAUGCACCUGUGCCACCACCUGCAGCUGCAGAACCCGGAGCUGUCCUGCCGGGUCUUCCUGUACCAACAGGCGGGGGAGGAGAGCUACGCCGUGCACUCGGUGGCUAAGAACGGAAUAGGCCUGGAGCUGGGCCCCCAGCCUCAGGGCGUGCUGCGGGCCGACAUUUUCUCCCGGAUGAGGACCCUGGUGGCCGUAGCUCUGGACUUCAUCGAGCUCUUCAAUCAGGGCAUGGCCUUUCCUGCCUUUGAGGUGGAAGCCUACAGGAUUGCGGGCACCGUGGACUUCCCGCGCACCAAGGACGGGGACCUGGCAGGCACGGUGCAUCCUCAGCUGCAGGACCGAGACUUUGAGCCGCUGCAGCCCGGUGCUCCCAUCUUCCAGAUGUUCAGUGGCGAGGAUGUGCUCUAUGAAGGGGAGUCCACCAUGUCCCCCGUGUUCAUUAAUGAGGCCGCCUACUAUGAAAAGGGCAUUGCCUUCAUCCAGGCGGAGAAGCUCACGUUCUCUGUGCCCGCCCUGCCCUCGCUGACCCCCACCCCCACCCCAGUUCCCUAACCCAAGCCACACCUGCCCAGCCUCAGCCUUCCCAUCUGAACAGUGGGUCCCCAGGCAAGGCUCCAAGCCCAGGGGCCCCUUUUGCCACAUGCUGUGCCCCUGCCAGGCCCCCUAACCGCAGGCGUCAGUUUCCCAUCCUGUAAAGUGGAUAAUACAGUCCGUGGUUGGUGUUC